AUUUCGUUUCGUUUGUGCAAAACAAAAGCUAAACCCGUCAUCGACUCGGCAGAUUAAAGUGAAGAGCUUCGUCUUCGGCCACCGCCAUCUCCGCCGUACACGACGGUGUUCACCCUCUGAAUGGCUCAGCAGCCGUUCGAUCCGUACUACCUUUAUCAACAAGAUGAGCGCAACAACAUCAACACGCUCUUCGUCUCCGGCCUCCCGGACGACAUCAAGGCGCGUGAAAUUCACAACCUCUUCCGCCGCCGCCCCGGCUUCGACUCGUGCCAACUCAAGUACACCGGACGCGCUAACCAGGUCGUAGCAUUUGCUACAUUUUUCAAUCACCAAUCAGCAAUGGCAGCGUUGCACGCCUUGAAUGGUGUGAAAUUUGAUCCUCAAACGGGAUCUGUUUUACAUAUUGAACUUGCCAGGUCAAACUCUAGGAGGAAGCGUAAACCAGGUGGUGGAGCCUAUGUGGUUAUUGAUAAAAGGUCGAAAGGGGAGACUGAUGUUCAGGGAUCAUCCAGUGAUGAUGGUGACAGUGAUCCCGAUGAACCAUUGGAAAGUGGCAGCAACCAUGGUGAUUUAGCAAUCACAAAAAGUGGUGAAACUGCUGUUAUUUCUGAGAAUGCUGUUCCUGUGGAGCAACAUGAAAAGGGUGGUGAUGGAGGACCUUGUUCCACUCUCUUUAUCGCAAAUCUUGGUCCAAACUGCACAGAAGAUGAAUUGAAACAAGCUUUUUCUGUAUAUACUGGAUUCAAUAUGGUCAAAAUGCGUUCUAGAGGAGGAAUGCCUGUUGCAUUUGCUGAUUUUGAGGAAGUUGAUCAAGCUGCUAAGGUCAUGGAGGAGCUUCAGGGCAGCCUGCUGCAUUCAUCAGACCGGGGUGGCAUGCACAUAGAAUAUGCAAGGUCCAAAAUGAGGAGGCAUUAGAAGAAACAGGUUUCCGGACAAUUUGGUUGUUUGAUAUAUAUAGAAUAGUUGCAACACAUAGGGAAAGGUUGAGAAGGUGGUCCAAAUUGAAAAAUGAUUACAGCAGACAUUUAUUUGUUAUGUCUAGAACCUUGUACUAUGUUGGAAUUAAGGGAAUUAGUUCUUGCCAUUUGGCAUAGAUGAUUCCAAAACUUGGGCCGCUAUCGUUUGUAAAAUCUCUUGAUAUACUAUAUGCAAAUGCUGACUACAUCAAUAGUAAGAGUUUUUUAAGGGAAAAUUACACUCUAGUACCUUCG